AUGAGCAGCAUCACCUUUGACGUAUACCGUGGCUCCAAGGAGGGCAAGAUCGUCGCGGAUAAGACGACCCGUCCCCUUCGCCCGACGGACGUUCUUGGCCACGAGGGCGUCGGCGUUGUGAGACAGGUUGGCGACGCCGUGACACACGUUCAGGUCGGUGACCGUGUCGGAUUCGGAUACACACAUGAAGUCUGUGGGAUUUGCGAUCACUGCAUCAGCGGCUGGGAUCAAUACUGCGCCAACAAGAAGGAAUACGGAUUUCACAACCACGACCUCGGUUCCUUCAGCCACGGCGUCGUCUGGAAUGCCGGCAACGUCUUCAAGAUCCCGGACGGCUAUGACUCCGCCAACGCGGCGCCCCUGAUGUGCGCCGGUGCCACAGUCUGGACUUGUCUGACCGAAUACGGGCUCCGGCCCACAGACCGGGUCGGUGUCAUGGGCAUCGGUGUCGUUGUUCUCUCCAGCUCCGAGCGGAAGCGCGAAGAGGCCAUGCAAUUCGGAGCGUCGGAAUACCAUGUCUUCUCCGCCGGACAGGAGAUGAAGGACUUCAAGCCGUUGAAGCAUCUUUUGCUCUGCGGUAGUGCGAACGUUGACUAUCCAUCUCUCCUUCCUCUCAUGGACGUCCAUGGCACCAUCUAUCCCCUCACCGUUGACUUCAAGCCCUCCGCUGUCCCUCUGCUUUUUAUGAAUGCCAAGGGCAUUCGCAUUCAGGGCUCCCUGGUCGCGUCGCGCAAGAGUCUGAAGUCCCUGCUGCAGUUCGCCGCCGAUAAGAAGAUUGAGCCUACGAUUAUGAAGUUCCCCUUGAACGAGGCUGGUAUCGAGGAGGCCAUGCAGACGCUGAGGGAUGGGAAGAUGAGAUACAGGGGUGUUCUUGUUCGCGAGUAG